AUGAUUGUGCUUGGCUGGAUGCUUUUCGUUGGACUUGCAUGUUACAUGGGCACGUUUCCAGAAUUAAUGCCUCCAACUCUGAAGUGGAAGGAGAGGUGGCCUGUUCAGGAGAGCAAGACAGAGCUGAGGAGGCAGGCUUUAGAUGAAACUCUGCUGCAACACAAUGCACCUGGCAUCCUGGCCAACCAUCCCAUAGCUGUUCAUGCUGACUGGGUUGCCAAGGUCGCAGGAGCUGAUGUCAUAAUUGGUGUCUGA